UGCUCUUCCACAGAAAUGGAUCACUUAUCACCACCACCAUCGCCACCGGUCGGUCAGACACCGCCGGCUGUCAGUGCGCUGACCGCGCUCAAUGCAUCCUCCGCCAGCUUAAUCCAACGUGCGUCCGCCUUCAGCUCGGUGCUCGGUCAAAAGUGGAAUCCUCGAGAUUUACCGCUACUGUACAAUCCGCUGUUCUACUCCGGAGCGGCCUUUCUGUGGCCGCAGUUCCUGUUACCACAGCAACCGCUCAGCACACCCGUUUCACCGAACCUCAACACCAGCAACAGUGGACGUGAUUAUGCACUGACACCGGAAAAGGAAGAGAUCAUCGAUGAAGAUAUGCCCCUGAACCUGUCGCUGAAACCAUCGAGCUCUACGCCACACCAUGGCCGACACCAUCCGAUCCACAUCUGGUCACCGGCCAGCAUGUGCGAGAAGGAAACGCUCGAUGGUGACCAGCAGAGCAACAUUGACAUCGAGAACGAUGGUGAUGAGCCGGAAGAUGAUUCGUCAGCCGGUGAGCAUCAGAUCGAUGGUUCGUUCAGUGAAACUCUCCAGCGACAGCAGCAGCACCGCCAGCGUGAAACGGCACGUAUCCUGACCGAGUACAACAGUCUACUGAGUCGGCGAGCACCGUCAGCUUCUUCCGGGUCAGCACCAACUUCCUCCUCGAUGCAGGACUACUUCAACUACAGCAAAAUCAGCAAAGGCUACUAUACGCACCUCCAGCAGCAACAGCGCAACCUCGAGGUGUUGCGCCAGAACAAAACGGACGUCUACGUACUCAAUCCGGCCAACAACAACAACAACCUGGAGGGUGUGAAGAACGCUAACCACGAAUCGCGUGUCGGCGGUGCGGUGAUGUGUGCACGGAUGAGCAGCAACGGUAGUGCCGGUAGUGCUGGGUUGGUAGGGGAAACGACAAUCGGGCCGACGAUCGGCAGUGAGAGUGAUAGCAAAGUGAUGGUGAUGGGGGUAACAGGGAGCGGUGGACAGGAGCUGAUGAGCUACAAGCUGGACGCUGGACCGGCACGGCCCGACUCAACCGCACACUCCGACAGUCCUUACGGUAGCUCGAACGAUUCGUCUUCCCUUCACGGGCAUCAGCAGCAGCAGCAGCAGCAUCAUCAUCAUCAUCCGGCGUCAUCGAUCGUAAAUGGUGCGGUUGGCGAGACCAAGAAGAGCGUCAAGCUUUAUCAGUGUAAACAGUGCGGCAAAACGUUCAAACGCUCCAGCACGCUAUCGACCCAUCUGCUGAUCCACAGUGACACCCGGCCCUAUCCGUGCCAGUACUGUGGCAAGCGCUUCCACCAGAAGUCGGACAUGAAGAAGCACACGUACAUCCACACCGGUGAAAAGCCUCACAAAUGUGUCGUCUGCCUGAAGGCGUUCAGCCAGAGCUCGAAUCUCAUCACGCACAUGCGCAAACACUCCGGCUACAAACCGUUCUCGUGCGGGCUCUGCGAUAAAGCAUUCCAGCGGAAGGUGGACCUGCGGCGUCAUCGCGAAGGUCAGCACAAUGACCACAGCGGUAGCCUUCCGACGACACCGACCACGACGACGCCGGCGACGACGACGACGACGACGCCGAUGACGGUGGCUGCGAUGUCUCCGGUCAGUCCGAUCGAUACGAUGAUGAUGGUCGGUUACGAGUCGAAGCUGAAUCUUAAGCUCGAACAUCACGGUGGCGUGCACGAUGCCGGCGAUGCCAGCAACAGCAGCAACAGCAGCAACAGCAUGGACGACUCGAUGGCAGCAGCUGCGCGGGAGAGCUCGAGCGAACGACAGCGAAGCAGUUCUGCCGCCUCCAUCGCUGGCUACCAGCACCAUCAUCAUCAUCAUCAUCAUCAUCAUCACGCGGAACCGGACCUCGACAUCAAGAUGGAGGUAGUGAGCAGCAGUUGCUCCUGA